AUGCUCCAGCAUGGUCUUGCAGUUAAACUUCGCACGAACAUCCCUUCACCUACCAGAAGCAGCGAUGGAAGAACAUCACUGCUACAGACAGGCAUGAAGAGACCUGCGUCAGAACUAGAGAGGGUAUCGCAAACUGAGCCUGAGUUGGCUGGUGAUGCUGGUGAUGCUGGUUGUGAAAGCAACCCAUUUGCGGGUAUAUCUUUGUUCCAGAGCGGUGCAUCUUCCCUUGUGAGCUCAACAACAGGGUUUCCUUCGAAUGGAACGAUGACAGAGUCGGGCAAUCCCUUUAUGGGCUUGUCGCUCUUCUCUUCUCCAACAUCAGGAAAGUUGUUUACUGCAGCAGUCACAACGCUGCAACAAAAGCCUCCUGGUGAUGCGGGGGACCAACCCAAGGCUGACUGUGAGGCUGCUGAGGUUGCAGAGGCUGCAGAGGAACGCGAAGUAGACCAGGAUGCAGCAAACGAAGCUGAUGACGGAGAAUCUGCGGGAGAUGAGCCAACAGGGGAGGAGGAUGAAGAGGUGAUAUUCCGGGCUGACUGCAAGCUUUGGAAGCUUGUCAAACUUGAAGACGGAAAAGCCGAGGGCUGGCGAUGGCAGGAGCGAGGCUGUGGCAUCGUGCACAUCAACAGGCACAAGACCAGCGGAGCUGGUCGUUUGGUUAUGCGAAUGCGUGGUGUUUUGAAGCUCCUGCUCAACACACCAAUUUUUCCGACCACCAGGUAUGAGAAAGUUGGACAAAAGUCUGUGCGCUUCGUUGGUGUAGAUACCGAAGAGUCACAGAGCUGUCAUGGUGAGGUCGCGUUCUGUGCAUUUCGCUUGAACUUGCACAGCAGUGAUCAGCAGGGAAAGUUCCUGGCCGUCUUGCGAGAAGCUGUGAAAGCAUGA